AUGACACACCUUUUACCAUGUUUUAUUACUCUUUUGUACUAUACUUUAAAUAACGGAGUCGAUAGCUUUAUUGUUAACAAAUUUAAUAAAUUUAGCGAUUUUAAUAAUUUUUCUAUAACCUACGGAAAUUAUGGAAACAAUUUGGGAAUAUUAGGAGAUACUGUAGAUUCAGUAAAUUCUCUAAAAUCAACUAGAAAUGAUGUAAAUUCACUAAACCUAGUGAGUGAUGAUGCGGAAUUAGGGAAUUCUUCCACUGGAGUGGCAUUGCUGGAGAACUAUGAUGAGAAGGAGAGUUUGGAAUAUUUGAAACUGAACGAUUAUAUGUGCAGUAGUUUCUUGAAAUAUGCCUUGAGUAUAAUUUUGGGCCGGGCUUUACCUGAUUCUAGGGAUGGCCUUAAGGUUGUUCAUCGCAGGAUUAUAUGGGCCAUGCAUAUGCUGAAACUGGAUCCAAAUGGCCAGUAUCGUAAAUGUGCUAAGGUUGUUGGCGAUGUUUUGGGAAACUAUCACCCGCACGGUGACAAGAGUGUGUACGACGCUUUAUGCAGGCUCUCUCAGGACUUCAUCAUGAAGGUGCCACUCAUCGACGGCCACGGCAAUUUCGGCUCUAAUAAUGAUCCUCCUGCCGCUAUGCGUUAUACCGAAUGCAGAUUAACAAACUUUUCUAAGACUGUAAUGCUGAAUGAUAUAAAUUUCAAUACUAUUGAUUAUACACCAAAUUUCGAUAAUACCAAUAUUGAACCCAUGGUGUUACCAUGCAGGUUACCGAACAUAUUAAUUAAUGGUUCUUCGGGUAUUGCUGUUGGUUUGGCGACUAACAUUCCUCCUCAUAAUCCCGCCGAAAUCAUCAACGCAACAAUACAAUACAUCAAGUAUAUUUUAUACAUUGACAUCAUUCAUAGGUCUCAUCUUAAGACUGAUGCUACUGUUGAUGAUGUGAAUGGUGAUAAGAGCGCAGAAGUUGUUAAUGAGGUGUUGGGACCGGAUUUUCCAACAGGAGGAGUGAUAAGGACCACGAGAGAGGCCAUGAGGAAAAUAUAUGAGAGUGGCAAAGGGACCGUUUUGAUACAGUCAAGAUUCGUAUUUGAAGAAAAGUUAAGAAUCUCAAUUGUCAUCAACCAAAUCCCUUACAACACUAGAAUCAACGACAUUAUAGAGAAUAUAAACCGUAAUAUAAAGAACAAUAAUAUAAUCGGCGUGAAUGAUGUGAAGGACGAGAGUGACCGCAACGGGACUAGAAUAGUGGUGGAGUUGAAGCGGAACAUAUCGUCGGUGAUAGAGAUCCAGGAGAUUAUGACGAAGCUCGAGCGCCUCACGGAAUACAAUUACAACUGCAACUUCAUCACACUUGACCAAGAUAGACCAAUACGUUUCAGCCUCUCCAGCAUUCUCAAAAUUUGGCUCAACUUCAGGCUUGAAGUACUAAAAAGGAAAUACAAACACCUGCUACUCAAAUUCAAAAAGAACCUAGAUAUCAUCAACGCUUAUAUCACCGUAUAUCUCAAUAUCAACACCAUUAUCAACUCGUUCCAAAAUCAUCAUAAAGGAGUCUAUAAAUUAUUAAAAGAAGAGUUCAAGUUGAAUGAUGACCAGAUGAAGAGCGUGAUGCGUCUGACAUUAAGGCAGUUGAAUCAGUUAAAUAUUGAAAAUUUGAAUGAAAAAUCAGCAGAAUACACCAAGCAAAUCGAGUUUUAUGAAAAUAUCCUAAAAAACGACAAUAACUUGUACAGUGAAAUUAUUUCAGACCUGACUGAGUUGAGGGAGCAUUUCAAGAAUAUUAAGAGAAAUACCUUAAUUAUCUACACCGACGAACCCAAUAGUUUUGAAAACACCAUUGAAGGUGAGGGAGCUGAGGGGAAUACUGAUGGUAAAGUUGGGUCAGUGGUUGAAUCUGACGAUAACAUUAUCAUCUAUAAUAGGCUCGGCAGGAUUAGUAAAAUCAAAUUAGACAAGAAAUUCUACAAAUCUAACAAAAAUAAAACACUAAACACUCCAAAUCCUGUCCAUACUCAUUCCACGAGCCCUGAUGAGAGUCAGGAUAAGGCAGAAACCCCCAGUGUAAAAAAGAGUGCCAAGAAAAGUCUUAAUAAAAUUGAUGAGACUGAGGCUUUGGAGGUGGGUUACUGCAGCAACAACAACAGUAAUAAGAUAAUGAUGAUAAUGAAAAAUGGCAGAAUAUUUCAUGUGAAUAGCAGUAAAUUGAAGCUUUGUAAGAAGGGUUAUGACAUAUUUAAGUACCUGGGCAUUAAUAAUGACCAAUUGAUUGAAUACGUUACAUCAACGGGGAAAAACAUUGGAGAUAUAAUAAUGGUUGGAUAUGGAAGUGGUGUAAUGUCUGUUUUUAAUGCCAAAAAACUGAAUUUCAAGCUCUCGAAGACCAGGUUAAACCUUAAACUUAACCUCAAAGAUAAAGAAAUAAGGUUCUUUUUCAAUUGCACCCUUGAUCACAUUUUACAAAACCCAUUUCUUUUCAUCUGUACGAAGAGAGGGUAUUGUAUAAAAAUAAAUUUGAAGAAUAUAAUUGAGAAGUUCGACAAGAAGAAGAACUUGAGGUUGAUUAGGAUGUACAAAGGAGACGAGCUCGCCUCCUCAUGCCUUACAAACGAUCAGGGACACAUCCUCAUCCUAACGUCCAAAGGUAACUCCAACCACCAUAACAACUGUAUAGGCAGAUAUAAACUAAUUAAUGUCAGUGACAUCAAGUUACAGAGAAUUAAAGGCAAAGGGUACAACAUACUGAGAAAUAAGCAGAAAUUAAUCAAAAAGGCCGAAAGCGAAGAUUCAGAAGCAAAUCUGGAGAACGUAGUAACUUGUACAAAUGUGGAUAAUAUAAAAGAAAAGAAGAACAUAUUGCUGAUAAGCAAGGGCGGGGUUUUGUCUAAGAAAUCUCUACACUUGAAGCCUGGCCUAAGGCAUCACAAGACGAAGCGACUUUGGAAUAACAUACCGAACAACGACCGGUUGAUUUAUUCUAAGCUUUUAUAA